AUGUCUGCCACAGGGGACCGACACCCAACCGAAGGGGACCAGGAGGCCCCGGUAAGCCAGGAGGGAGCGCAGGCCGAGGCGGCCGGAGCUGGUAACCCGGAGGGCAGCGACUCCGGCCCCGACAGUAGAGACAUGGUGCCUGCGGCCGAGGUGGUCGGAGUCGCAGGGCCCAUGGAAGGCCUCGGGGAGGAGGAGGGUGAGCAGCCUGCAGGCCUGGCCACAGUCCCCGGGGGCGGGAGCGCCGAGGAGGACCCGGACAUGGGGCCCGCGGCGGAGGAAGAGGAGGAGGAGGAGGAGGAGGAAGAGGAAGAAGAGAGGAACGAGAGAGGCAACCUCGACCUGGGGGCGAUCACCCGUCGCUACCCUGCGGCGGGCAUUAGCUUUGUGUUCCUGCAUCUGGUCCACUCCCUUCUCCUCCGCCUCUAUCACAACGACCACAUCCUGAUAGCGAGCCGUCACCACAGCCGCCUGCUCUUGGGGCCCCGCGCUGCUGCACCCAACCGCAGGGGCGAGCCCUCCCUGCUGCUGGCGCUCCAGAGGCUGGGUGCGAGGGCUGCAGCACUGGAAGGCCAGGGCCUGGGCCUAAUCCAGGAGGCCGCGUCGGUCCCAGAGCCUGCGGUGCCAGGCGACCUGGCCGAGAUGGCCAGGGAGCCCACAGAGGAGGCCACAGAGGAGGAGGCUGCAGAGGAGACCACAGAGGAGACGCCCUCAGAGGAGGCCACAGAGGAGCCGAAACUGGCCGCAGAGAAACCUGUCGCAGAGAAGGCCACGGCCCCUGAGGGAGUCACUAAAUCUCAGCCUGAAAAGUGGGAUGAAGAGGACCAAGAUGCUGCAGGCGAGGAAGAGAACGAACAAGAGAAAGAGAAGGAUGCGGAAAACAAGGCGAAAAACUCCAAGGGGACCUAG